AUGGAUAACCAAUCAUUCUCGAUAUCACUCUGGAUUCAACCUCAAUCUCUAUCUAGCACACUUGUUCACAUCUCGACUUUAUCGAAUGGUGCCGGAUCAUGGUGCCUUCCAUUCAUAGGUUUUACUUCGAAUAAUACAUUGGCUGCUCAAAUCUAUGAUGGAACAACAAUCGUAUCUGUUAUUGCAUCGACUCUUAUUCCUGUCUCAACACCAUUUUGGACUCAUAUCGUACAAACAUGGAAUUCAACGAAUGGUCUUCGUUUCUAUAUUGACAACAUUCUAGUUGCUUCUCAGCCAUCGGCAACAACAUUUGUGGCUAAUGGAACAACACCUAAUUAUGUGACAUUAGCCUCUAGUCUUUCUGGAUCGCGCUUGACAAGUGGAAUAGUUAUCAACAAGCAGUUUACAGGUGAUGUGGAUGAUUUCCGAAUUUACAGUCGAGAAUUAUCGGCAAAUGAUGUAUGUGUUCUAUACAUUGGUUGA